AUGCCUAUAUCUGUUGAUUCCGAAAGUACACAAUGUCAGCAUGUUCCCUUCCCACCCCUAGCCAACCAGGCGUUGCAGCAACACGCUCUUCAGCACUUCUUGGGCAACCUGCAAGAGCUCUGUACGGACGCAUUCAACGGGAUGGGCUACUUCUGCAACGAAAAUGGUGCUCUCACGCCCGUCGAUCCUCCCACAUUUCUAUACAGCAACGCAGGCUCCCAGCCUUACAAGACAGCCUGUCUGGCGAACUGCAUUUGUGUACCCGAGUAUGAAUGGGACCCCGACUUCGGAGAAGAUCACGCCGCCUGCGCCAGCGACGGCGGCCCAACCGAUCCAGGCGACAAUGAUGAUGAUGAUAACGACGACGCAUCUUCUUCCGAACCCGCCCCACAACGGCCUUGUGUUCCAUCUGGAUCGCUUUCCCCAAAUCCGUUCGAUAGCGAUAUCACCUGCAACGGGCUCAUGUUUGGGUUUCCGAUUAACGAAGACUGCGAGAAGGCGGUUGGGUUCUUAACGACGUCGAGAUUGGGGUAUGGCCAUAACCGCUUCGAGCAUACUGAAUUUGUGGAGGAUGGGGCGUCUCUGACUGAUGAGGAUCCUGAUGCUACUGUUCUGCUCCCGUAUUCACAUACUAAUGGUGAGUUGAAAUGA